UGUACCCCAUCAGAAACCAAAAUAUAAGCUUGUUUUACUCCAGUGUUUGUGAACGAUGUAAAUGUAAACAAACACUGUAUAACCUCAAAACAUGUUUAAACCUAUCAUUUUUAUAUCAUGGGUGGUCAGUCCUUGCAUCCAUAGCUCUGUCUUUGAAUUUGAGAGUUCGUUACAUUUCCCCAGGCCCAUCCCUCAGAUUUUAACCAAACCAGAGGUGGGGUGGCCACUUUGUUAUUGUUUCAACAACAAAAAAUGCAUUGUUGCUUGAUUUGUUUUCCACUCAGUAUUUGAUACCGGGCAGUCAGAAUGCAGAAACAAGAGCUGCUAGAACAUUUUGCAGGAGAACAAAAUGUUAAUCAUUCAGAAUGUGUAUGCUUUCAUUUAUUACUGAGGCAUAUUGUUGUUACAAGUGCUAUUAUUCAUCUCCAGCUGCUGCAGUGGAUGACAGUGCUGUAUGAGCAUAUAAGUGAAUGCAUUCUUUUUUAUAUUGUUCCAACUGCACCUUUGGUUCUUUAUGGCCCUUUUUAUUUCCUAUAUAUAUAUAUAUAUUCUUUGUUUAGAUACUUGGAAAGGUCAUACCUGUACAUCUGUUUUAUUGGCCAUAACAUACACUUUCUUUUUAAGUUUUGAGGUGCAAUUUUAAUGUUAGGGGCAUUUUUUCAGGACAGAGAACAUUCUGUGAUCUUGUUUUAUUUGAGCAAAUGUAAAUUCAUUUGAUUAUUAGUACUUUCGACAGUGUUACUGAUUUCACUCAUUCAAUUGAGCAGCACCUGUUAUUGGACUUGGUUUGAUUUCACCCACAUCUUACAAGUAUUUUAAUGAAGAUAUGUUCACAAUAUCAUGUUACCAAAUGUCUGUUUUACUAUUUUGUACAAGAAACAUGGCUAUAAGGUUAUCCCACCUCCACGACCUUAAGUGGUUACAGCCACAGUGCUGUUUACCCUUUCCUUUCAUGACCGUUGACCUUAGUAUGGCCACACAGGGUCAAGUGCAAUGAUGUUUAUAAGGUCAGAUAUAUUGUUAUUGUUCAAGACCUGAAGUGGCCCAAGCUAGAGUAUGAAUCAAACGUCAGACUUUCUCUGGCAUACUGCACUUAGGGAGAGGUUAUUCUAAGUAGUUAUCCGUGACUUUGUGUUAUUUUAGAAGUUAGGGAGAGGUUAUUCUAAGUAGUUUUCCGUGACUUGGUGUUAUUUUAGAAGUUGUAUCUUUGGCCUCUUCAGAUGUGGGACUGCCCGUGCUGCAUCCUUCCCUCUCCCUUGUUGCCUAAUUUGUACACCGGCCUCUAUCCCAGCUCUCUGAUCUGUUCCCCCUUUCAAUAUAGUCUGGGCCUUGUACUCUGUUAAUUUAAAGGCCGAGUCAACGAUAUGACGUAGAUGCACAAAGUAACAUUUUCCGCAACAACUAAGAGCAUUGGAGCGCAAUGCUAAACUUCACUGUUUUGGUCCCGUGGCUUCCACGUUGUAAAAGUGUGAUGCGAACCUGUGCGCAAGCGCAGAUAGAGUUAGACCGUUUGAGAGCGAAGUCUUGCAUCUGGCUCAUUUUGCAUCACACUCAUUGCAAUAUUUGCGUUAGUGCUUGUGCAACGUCAUUUCGCUAACUAACUUUAAGUUAAGUGGCAAAGUGCCUGUUUGGGAACUGGAGCCAGUGUUUUAUACUGAGAGUUGGUAGGGUACUUCUCAAAUGAGUUUGCCUUACAGUAUUUUGUGUUAACUUUCAAACAGGUGCAUUUUAUUCCUGAGUCAUAUUUAUAUAAAUACAAGUCUCUUUACGUUUCAAGUUAUCUUUAUUCAAGUGUAUCUUGAUCCAUGAAAUGGAGAUGUAGCCUAUGCUGUUGCAAAGAAGUUAACACAUCCAAUCAUAGCUUAAACGAUAGAGAUGACCAUGCUCUAUUGACAGUGUGCUGACAUUGUACUGGUUCUGUCAGUUGCUGUCUAUAGCUCUCCCAGCCUUGGCCCCUGCAUGUGGCAUGCCGCAGAGCCCGGGCGAGGGGAGGGGGUUAUAUUUUUAACCGGGACACGCUGCGCUCUGCGCUCGCCGUAAAUGGUCUUUCACGCUCUCUGUUGCUGCGGCGCACAAAUGCCCAGUCCCUGCUGUUGUUAGUGACCAUAGCCGGUCCCCUACGAUUCGAGUACAUCAGUGCGAUGAGCUCAAAGGAAGGAUUCAUCUGUCUGACAGCCUGCUGAUUGGAAGAAGACAUUCCCAAUGCCAACGACGGAGGUGCUGAUUGGUUCCACAUGCCAACUUUGGACUUUUUGAUUGGUGGAGCACAUUAGGAUAUCUGACUGGUGUUUGCGGUUGUUUGGAGCACACACUAACUUACUGGAGGAGGAUUUGGUUUUUGAACAUCCAUUUAUCCUUUGGUGUCUGAUAGCUGAGAAGUGACGUAGGAGGGAAUCUCUUGAGGUUUGAGUCAUCAAUGCCCAGGUCAUUGUUAAAGGAGACCUACUGAGACCUUCUGACUAACGGACAGACAGGGAGUGGAACAGGCAGCAUGGACACUAUAGAGAACCCCGACUUGGAGCCCAGAUCGGAGCGGAUCGCCCGCUACAAGGCUGAGAGGAGGCGUGAGCUGCAAGAACGCUAUGGCAACAUGGAGGAGCUUCCAUCCAAGUGGGUGAGAAGGGAUGGGACUCUCAUGAACUCAGACGGCGCACCUCCCUCCACAGACAGGACCCUCUCUGGGGGGGUGAACGGCAGAGCGGGGGGGCCGGAGGGUGGCCGGAGGGGCCUCCACUGGGAGAGUAACACCCCUCUGGAGUCAGAACCACGGAGAGUCUCCAACGGCUUUGAGGCAGACACUGCUGCAGACCCAACAUACUUCCAAAGGAAGUGUUCUUCUGGCUCUGCCGGCAUGUUGAGUGGGGUGGAGCCCCUAGCUCCCCCAGGCACCCCUGGACACGACGCGGCCCAGCUGCAAACGCGGGUGUCGGUGGGUCAGUUGAGGAGUGCCCUGCUGCAGCAGACCGGGACUGGAACACAGCCUGAGAAAGUUAGUCCUGACAGUGGCCGUGCAGCCUCUUCCCUUGACCUGGUUGUAAAGCCGGGCUCGGAGGGGGGACGGCGGCGCACCCGUCGCUAUGUCCCUGGGGUGUCAGGCGGGGGCCGCAAAACCAACGAGCGCUUCAGGACACAGCCGAUCACAGCCUGUGAGGUGCAGGAGAGCGGCGGGCUGCUAGAAGCAGAGGAAGAGGAGAACGCUAAAGCUGAUGUGAAGACAGACGACAGAGCCAAGAUGAGUGUGGCGGCCAAGAUGUCUCUGUUUAAAGAGCUAGAGAAGUCAGCAGCCCCUGAGGCCUCCUCCUUUCUGAAGCCUCGCUCUGGCAGCGUCGCGUAUGAGCGCAGAGUACGCCGUGGCAACGAGCACCGCUCACUCACUCAGCCAAUCACCUGUGAGGAGAUGGUGGUGGCCACCAGCACCCCCCAGCCAGCAGAGUCAGGCGAGGCCCAGGCUGUGCAGGCCGAGGCGGAGGCAGUGGAGGACGAUGAGAACAAUAAGCUGACUAUGAGCGAGAAGCUGGCUCUGUUCAACAAGCUCUCCCUGCCAGGGAGCCAGGGGGACGCCACUCCCCAUGCCCCCCCAGAGAGACGCAGGCAGAAGGGGGCACGCUACCGCACACAGCCCAUCACCGUGGAGGAGGUCAGCCUGCUCCAGAAAGGCCCCAUCCAACUGCCCCCGCUGCGCCUGUCCCCCACCCUCUCCGACCGGCAGCAGGAGCAGUCCAUCAAUCUGAGGUCCAGUGAGGUGCGUCAGGCCCAGCCUCGACCCGGGGCCGACGUGGAGCCUACCACAGGACCUGACCCGUCCCAGCAGGGCCUGCAGCAGCGCAGGGACUCUGAGCCAGGAGAGAUCAGAGGCAUCCUGAGGAAGAGCGCCUCUGGAGGACCAGUAUGGGACCGAGACAGAGACACUAUGUGGGAGGACAGACAGCUGGACCAGAACGGAGGAGGGGAGAGGGGGAACGAGGUGGAGGAGAGGAGGGCAGAAAGACAUGAUAAUGUACCAGUGCCUUGUAGAGAAAGACCAGCCUCCUCUGCCCCCUGGAGACAGAGGAACAGGAACAGGAGGGAGACGGUGGCCGUGUGUGGCCCAGCCAGGCCCUCCUCAGAGCAGGGUCACCCCCAGGAGGAGAGGCCUUCCCUGGCUGAACAGAGAAAGCAGAUGGACCCCCCUGGGAACACCUCUGGGAGAGACAGGCUGUCAGAUGCUUCCAGGGAAGAGGAAGAGGAGGAGAGGGGGGGCAGGGUGAGAAGAGACACUCCUCCCAGACAACACGUCCAGGUGACCUUGGCGGACCAGAGGAAGGAAGACAAUGAGAUCUCCCAUGAUGCACCAGUUGUCAACCCUCAGUGCUGGGUUCCUGUCUUUUCCUCUGUCUAUUCUAACAGUACACCUCAAUAUGUCAUGUGCUACAAUCAGACCAGCUCUUCCUAUGAGGCCCAGGAGGUCUCCUCUCCCACACAGACCCGCUCUCAGCCCCAAUGGAGACAGAAGCAGACUAGACCAGUAGAAGCGGAGGAGCUGCCACAGGCGUCGGUGGCUGAGCGCAUGAGAACCCUACAGGAGAGUGAGGAGCAGUGGAAGACCAGAGGGAGAGGAGCCGCCAACGACUCAGCCCAGUACACUGUGGCCGGACGCCUGGCGAAAAGAGGUUUGGUGACCCCUGUAUCAGACAUAGACGAGACCCCUCCAUCUCACACUAAGAGACCCUCCACAGAAGCCACAGCAACAGCAUGCCCAUUUGAAGAGAUCUCCAGUCACCCUGGGAUGGAGGUGGAAGAGGACACAAAGCUGGACAAACUGGAUUCCAUUGUGGACAGGCUGAAUACCGCUCCCCAGGAUACGCCCCUGGAGGUGACCUCAGUGGGGGUGAAGAAGGUCAUGACCCCUGAUGACCAGGAGACGUGUGGUGGUUUCUACAGGGAGGUGUCUCCCCACUCACCCUCUGCCCUCCCUGCUGGGGCUGGAGCUGCCACUGGAACUGACCCAGAACAGGACCUGAGUGCCCUCUGCCAGACAAACACACCCAUGCUGACAUCAGAAGUAGCACAGCACAGGCGGUCGGUGCGUCCAUCCCGUAGGACCCAGGGCUCCCGGAACCCUCUGCGUGCUCUGGCGGCCCGCGAUGACAUCAGACAGGACUUCAUGGGAGAGAGAGUCACCAUGGCUACCGUGAACACUAACAGGACACAGGUGGAGACGACAGGUCUGGCCAGUACAGAGGACUUCAGUAACGUCCACCUGCAUGAUGUCACUUCCACAGAAUCAGUAAGGAACAGCAACAACCUGCCCAUCAGCAACCUCAUGCUCAUUCACAUCAAAGGUUGGCAUCAUGUGCAAGUGCGUCUGGUGGAGCCCACAGCCAGGUCUCUGAACAGUGGAGACUGCUUCCUGCUGGUCACACCCACUCACUGCAUCCUCUGGAGCGGAGAGUUCGCCAACACCACAGAGAAAGCCAAGGCGUCAGAGCUGGCAUCAUUGAUCCAGACACAGGGGGACCUGGGCUGCCUGGCCUGUGGGGUCAUCCACCUAGAGGAGGGGGUCAAUACUGACAACAGCCUGGCCUCUGACUUCUGGAACCUUCUGGGAGGAAAGACACAAUACAGAGGGGCGGGAGCCCCAGAGGAGGAUGAGCUAUAUGAGAGUGGGGUGGUGGAGUCUAACUGUCUGUACAGGCUGGUGGAGAACAGACUGGUACCUCAUGAGCAGGCCUGGGCAGCCAUCCCUACUGUCUCCCUACUGGGAUCCACUGAGGCCCUGGUGUUUGACUUUGGCAGCGAGGUGUAUCUGUGGCAUGGGAAGGAUGUUGCCCCUGGCGACAGGAGUGUGGCUGUACAGCUGGCCCAGCAGGUGUGGGGUGGUCCCUACGACUAUAGCAACUGUAGGGUCAACCCACUGGACCCCACACACUGCAACCCCAGCAUACAGCCGCAAGGUGAAAGACGGCCCGACUGGGCCCUGUUUGGCUGUGUCUCUGAGCACAAGGAGACAGCCCUCUUCAGGGAGAAGUUUCUGGAGUGGGCUGGAGAUAAGGAGGAGACCACUGCAAUGGUGGUAGAGGAGGCACAGACUGCCAUGCCAGUGUUGCCCCAGCAGCCCCAGCAGCAGUUAGAGUGUGUGUCUCUGUGUGCGUGUGAUGCCAAGGCGCUGGUGGCAGGGCAGGGGGUGGCGCUGCCAGGGGACAGGGUGGUCCCUACAGUCCUGGAGGGGGUGGACGUUCAGAGGGGGCAUGGGGUUGUACCCCUGGUGGACGGGCAGCAGGUGGAGCUGAGCACUGUUGCCGUGGAUACCUGGCACAUUCAGGAGUUUGAGGACAGCGAGGCCCAGCUGGAGAGCCCAGGGCAGCUUCAUGAAGGAGACACGUACCUGGUCCGCUGGACCUAUACUCUCAGCCCAGCGGAUCAAAGCGGGCAGCCUGGGAGGGAGUGCUCUGCUGUCUUCAUCUGGCAGGGCCGGCACUCCAGUAUCAAUGGGCGAGGCGCGACUGCACUCAGGGGUCAUGAGGGAACACAGGUGAUGGUGCCUCAGGGGCAGGAGCCUCCAUGUUUCCUUCAGCUCUUCCAGGGAGGUCUGGUCAUCCACAAAGGCUGCAGAGCGGACACCACCAACCACACAGGGGUCUGGCGUCUGUUCUGUGUGCGUGGGGAGCUGCCUGAGGAGGCCAGUCUGUUGGAGGUGGACUGUAGCUGUGGCGGCCUGCGCUCCCGAGGUUCUCUCAUACUGCUCAACAGUCAACAGGGGGCGCUCUACCUGUGGCACGGCUGUAAGGUCCACGCCAGCUCCCGGGAGGCGGGCAAGAGGGCUGUGGAGCGACUCACUCAGAUGUGCCCUCCUGAACUGGGCCUCAGCAGUGAUAGCCCUUCGAGGGUGCAGGAAUUGGAGGAAGGGGCGGAGCCUGUGGAGUUCUGGAACGCUAUUGGGCAGCAGGACAGGAAGACCUAUGACUGCAUGCUACAAGAUCCAGGGAAGUAUAACUUCACGCCACGCCUCUUCCAUCUGAGCGCCCGUUCCGGAACCUUCCAGGGGGAGGAGCUGCAGAGCCCUGCCCGGUUGCCAGGAGUUGUCAUGGCGAUGCCCUUUGUCCAGGAGAGCCUGUACUUUGUGCCACAGCCAGCCCUGUUCCUGCUGGAUAACUGUAUGGAGCUGUAUCUGUGGCAGGCAGGUGAGCCUGAGGACAGUCAGACCGCUGGCUCAGCCUGUAUCCGCUGGGCUAAUGAGAGGAGGUGUGCCAUGCAGACAGUGCUCCAGUACUGCAAAGAGAGGAACCCGAGGCGCCCCCUUCAGGCCUACCUCAUCCAGGACGGAGUAGAACCCCUCACCUUCACCAACGUUUUCCCUCGCUGGGAGAAGAGACCCACACCCACCACACAGGGGGAGGCUGGGUGGGUCAAGCUGACCUUGGUGCAGGACGCCCUGGCCCAGCUCAGUAAGACCCAGUACCCCCUAGAGGAGCUGCUUCAGACCCCUCUGCCAGAGGGAGUGGACCCCCAGCGCCUGGAGAUAUACCUCUCCGACCACGACUUCCAGACUAUUUUGAAGAUGAAGAGAGAUGAGUAUGACUCCCUCCCAAACUGGAAACAAAUCAGCCUGAAAAAAAGCAAAGGACUCUAUUGAAAACUUAAACAAACACAAAAAGAUCCCAUUUUAUUUAUGUCAACAUAUCCUGAGGAUAAUUUUUUUUUGUAUUUUCUAUUUUGAAGAGAAUGAUAUUUUCUGGUCAGGUGAUGACAAUCGUGUACAGUGUUUUCUGAGUAGCUGUAUUUAAGUUGUAUCUGUGUGUCUUCUUUAAGUAUGGUGCUUUAGGGCCUUAUUCGUUCUCAGCCAAUCGCUCUCGCUUGCAGCGAGACAAGACUGCCUAUACCUUCAAACAGAAGGACAACCAUCCUUAUCCCCAAUCAAUCAACUGGAUCCAUUUUCUUAUUCCUAGAGUUUACAUGAGUGUGUGGUUUUCUUACUGACUGUGGAUUCCCUCAGAAAUGUUAACUAAAAAGAAGAAACAGCAUUACACAUUUUCCUAUGAAACUUUAAUUUACCUGUACAAAUCAAUGAAGGAAAAAAAGAGAAAGGUGAAAAAGGCAGGAUAUAAGGAAACAUCCCUAACGAACGGUGGGUGGGGAGGAGAAAACACAGGAGAGCUUACAUACAAAAGCAAUCAAUUGUAAUAAACAACGGAAACCAGGAAAAUAAAGGACUGGCCACUUU